AUGCAGGGUCCCACGGACUCAGUCGCAGGCUGUCGGGACCAGGAGUCGCACGAAGUGGCUACUAGCCGUAUUUGGUACUCUAUCAUCACCGCCUCGACAACUCUCUGCCGAUUUCAUCCAACCUCUUUCCCUCGACUGUUCAACGUUCCUCGACCGCAACUCACUCCGCCUCGCUUCGCCUCACCUCACCUCGAUUCGUCAUGUCGGAUUCUCGAGGUGGUCCACAACGGGGCCGUGGUAGAGGGGGCGACCGUGGUCGUGGAGGGAGCGGUGACCGUGGUCGUGGAGGUGCCGGCUUUCGCGGAGAUAGAGGAGGAGGCGAUCGUGGUGGAGGCCGUGGGCGCGGUCGCGGCUCUUUUGAUCUUCCCACCCGUCAAGGUUACGAUGGAGCAGGCGAUUCCAGAGGUCGUGGCCGUGGCAGAGGGUUCGAUGGAGGCCGUGGCUUUCGUGGGGGCCGUGGAGGCCGAGGUGGCUAUUAUGAAGAUCGAAGAGCAGACUAUGGCUGCCUUAAUCAAAGCACCACGGGCGGCCGCCGAUUUCCCUCCACGCCCCGGUUUUGGUACACAGGGAAAGGCCAUCACCUUGUUUGCGAACUACUUUGACCUCAUGUCGGUUGGCAAAACCCUUUGUCGCUAUGAUCUCCAAAUCUUGGAGGACAAGUCUGCGAGAAAGCCCACCGGGAAAAAGCUCAAGCAGAUUGUCCGCUUGUUGAUCGGAGAACACUUUGCCCACCUGCGAAGUAACAUUGUCACCGAUUUCACCACGACCCUCAUUUCCCAAAUCAAGCUGCUGGAAGAGGGUGAAGAUGCCCGCAUCUACGAAGUCCGUUACCGAGACGAAAAGGAGGACGAUUACCCUGAGCAACCGAUGAUUUAUCGAGUGAAGUGCCAAUACACAGGCAACCUCGACCCCUCCGAUCUCUUGAACUACCUGACAUCGACUAAAGCCGCUGACAUGUUCAAAGACAAGGCGGAAAUAUUGCAGGCCAUGAACAUUGUCUUGGGUCACCAACCCAAGGGUGAUCCAAAUAUCUACUCCGUCGGGGCUAACAGGCACUUCGCUAUUGAUCAAGGCCAUCGACAGAGCGCCAGCCUCGGUGCAGGGCUAGAGGCCCUUCGUGGCUUCUUCGUAAGCGUUCGUGCUGCUACUGCGCGGAUUCUAGUCAAUGUUCAAGUGAGAUAUGUUGCUUGCUACAAGGACCGCCCGCUCAAGGAGGUGCUCGGAGAGUACUUGUCUUCGCAACGGUUCAACUUUUCCGAUACCGCGCGUUUCUUGAAAAACCUACAGGUUCGCGUGAUUCAUAUCGAGCGGAAGAACAAAAGGGGUGAUGUUGUCCCCAGAAUCAAGCGCAUCGCGGGCUUGGCGACUCCUCGAGAUGGCGCAUCCUUACCCAACCCACCGAUAGUCCCUCGCCCGGGAGCCGGUCCAGAUCACGUCCAAUUCUGGUUGGAUGCCCGUGGCCAGCAGCCGACACAGCAAUCGUCGAAGGGAAAGGGCAAAAAGCCAGUGAUAGCGGGGCCUGCACCAGCCGGUAGAUAUAUCAGUGUGGCGGCUUUCUUCGCCCAACAGUACAAGAUCACCGUGGAUUAUAAUAUGCCCGUUGUGAACGUAGGAGACCGGCAAAACCCCAGUUACUUGCCCGUCGAAGUCUGCCAUGUCGAACCGGGCCAACAGGCGAAGAUGAAGCUCAGCCCUGGCCAAACCAGCGCAAUGCUGGGCUUUGCUGUCCGACGUCCACCGCAGAAUGCCAGGUCCAUUGUGGAGGAUGGAGCUCAGGUGCUAGGGCUCGGUGGCGCCUCAAACGAGACCUUGGCUGAAUUCGGGAUUCGAGCAGCCUCCCAGCUUAUCACGGUACCCGGCCGAGUUCUUGCCGCUCCGAAUGUUCACUACAAGGACCUGAAAGCUGAGCAAAAGCUGAUCACGGUUAUUCCCGAAAGCGGAAGUUGGAACAUGAGGUCAAUUCGUUUCUCCAAAGGCUCUGCUCUGCCUCGCUGGGCUUGGCUAUUCCUUGAUGAUAAUCCAAAUGGCUCCAUGCAGCCCGACGAAAUGAAUGCCUGCUUGAAAAAAUUUCACGCGAAGCUGAGAGAAGUCGGAGUGGCGGCUAACCCACCUCUAGCCGGGAGACGCAUUCACCUUCCCGGUGGAGCCACAGACGAAUCGACUGCCCAGCGGGAGGCGCUUAUUAGCAGAGCCGUCAGAGAAAUGAUGGAUGCUCAUAAACCUACCAUGAUACUUGGGGUUCUUCCUAGUCGUAACAAUACGGAUGUUUAUAAUUGUAUCAAGCGAGUUUGUGAUAUUCGGGAGGGUGUGCUGAAUGUGAACGUUCUUGUUGACAACUUCAAGAGAGGCAGCGAGCAGACAUUCGCCAACGUCGGCCUCAAGGUCAAUUUAAAGCUAGGAGGUGCGAACCAAUUGAUCCCUCCCAGCGAGCUCGGGAUAGUUGGCAAGAACGACACUAUGCUUGUGGGUAUUGACGUUACUCAUCCCUCCCCUGGGUCGUCCUCCAAAGCUCCGAGUGUCGCAGGCAUGGUCGCAUCCAUUGAUUCAGACUUAGGGCAAUGGCCCGCAGAACUCCGCAUUCAGGCCGCCCGCCAAGAACGGGUGGAUGAUUUGGAAACCAUGCUCAAAGCACACCUCGGCCGUUGGGCCCGGCAUCAUCAGAACAAAUACCCGAAAAACAUCAUUAUCUACAGAGACGGUGUUUCCGAGGGACAAUACGAGAUGGUUGUGCAGCAGGAACUGCGCUCGAUCAAGAAGGCCUGCAAUGGUGUCUACCCAGCAACAGAAACUGCUAAAGGCCUCCCGAGAAUCUCGGUGAUUGUAGUCGGCAAACGGCACCACACGCGCUUCUAUCCCACUCGCGCCGAAGAUGCCGACGGCUCGCUCAAUACCCCCAAUGGAACAGUGGUCGACCGUGGUGUCACGGAAGUGCGGAACUGGGACUUUUACCUACAAGCCCACAAAGCUAUCAAGGGGACCGCUCGUCCGGCGCACUACUUCAUCGUCUGGGACGAGAUCUUCUGUAAGGAGACACCCAAGGCUCCGCAGCAGAAUGCCGCAGACAUUCUCGAAUCGCUAACCCACCGUUUGUGCUAUCUGUUUGGACGAGCCACCAUGGCUGUCAGCAUUUGCCCCCCGGCGUACUAUGCCGACCUCGUCUGCGAAAGAGCGAGAUGCUACCUGUCCGAUGUGUUCGAUGCAACCUCGACCGGAAGUAUUGUCACGGGUACGGAGGGUGGUGCCGUGGCACCGGAUGGUGGCAGUGUCACCAUUCACCCCAAUGUGAAGGACAAGAUGUUCUAUAUCUGAGACCGUCUUCCCAUACUUGAUCUGAAUUGGAUGCCGAGUGACGUUUGGACGAGAAGUUGGAUUUAAGUUUUGUUCGGUUCGAUUAGCGGGCGGCCUGCGACUUGUUACAAUUUGCUGUUGGAUUUGUGGAGCCUAGCUUUUUCGCACCAGGUUUUGAGUUAGUUCUAGCUGUACCCCAGAAUGAUAUAGACAGCGAUUGUUUCU